GCAAAGCUUCCCUGUCCUGGCCAGUAUUAGGAGACGCUGCCUCCCAGGCGUGAGUGGACGAUGGCACCAAGUGGUGGGCACAGGGCUGGGAGUGGCCUUGUGUGCCGUCCCCGUCGUGGAGAAGCAGGACUCGGUUUCUCUCAGUAAUGAUGCCUUGAUUAAAAGAGCAGUUUCUCUGGUAACAGACAGUACUUCAACGCUCCUCUCCCAAACAACAUACGCACUGAUUGAGGCAUUGACAGAGUAUACAAAGGCAGUUUAUACACUGGUGUCUCUCUACAAGCAAUACGCGAAUCUUCUUGGGAAAAUGAAUUCAGAAGAGGUGGACGCAGUCUGGCAGGUGGUAAUAGGAGCCAGAGUUGAUAUGACAACAAAACAGCAGUAAUACCUAAAGCUGGAAUCCAGCUGGAUGACAGCGUUACGGCUUUCAGAGAUGGCAGCAGAAGCUGCGUAUCAGUCAGGUGCAGACCAAGCCUCAGUGACAGCCCGCAGCCACAUUCAGCUGGUGAAAGCACAGGUGCAAGAAGUGCGGCAGCUGUCCCAGAAAGCAGAGACCAAGUUAGCUGAAGCUCAAACAGAAGAGCUCAUAAAAACUCAAGGAGAGGAUUCUUCAUUGCCACAGGGUGUUUUAGGAAGUACAGACGCGGGUGAGGACCCUUACCUUCGGGAGGACUGA